AUGGCUGCAGGCUCCCAGACGUCCCUGCUCCUGGCUUUUGCCCUCCUCUGCCUGCCUUGGCUUCAAGAGGCUGGUAGGGUCCCAAGCGUACCCUUAUCCAGGCUUUUUGACAACGCUAUGAUCCACGCCUAUCGCCUGCACCGGCUGGCCUUUGACACCUACCAGGAGUUUGAAGAAGCCUAUAUCCCAAAGCAACAGAAGUAUUCAUUCCUGCGGAACCCCCAGACCUCCCUCUGCUUCUCAGAGUCUAUUCCCACACCCUCCAACAUGGAGGAAACACAACAGAAAUCCAACCUAGAGCUGCUCCACAUCUCCCUACUGCUCAUCCAGUCCUGGCUGGAGCCCGUGCAGUUCCUCAGGAGUGUGUUUGCCAACAGGCUGGUGUAUGGCACCUCAGACAGCGACGUCUAUGACCUCCUAAAAAGCCUAGAGGAAGGCAUCCAAACGCUGAUGGGGAGGCUGGAAGAUGGUAGCCCCCGGACUGGGCAGAUCUUCAAGCAGACCUACAGCACGUUUGACACAAACUCGCACAAUGAUGACACACUGCUCAAGAACUACUGGCUGCUCCACUGUUUCAGGAAGGACAUGAACAAGGUCGAGACAUUCCUGCGCAUGGUGCAGUGCCGCUCUGUGGAGGGCAGCUGUGGCUUCUAG